AUGUCUGUCGCUUCGAGACCCAACGGACCUUCACCGGACUUUCAUCCUGACCUGAACCUGCUUCUGCAGUGCCCUGAGUGCAAGAUUUCUCCGCCGGACCUUGUGGAGCGGUUCAGCGAGGGAGACGUGGUAUGUGGCAACUGCGGGCUCGUGUUGGGCGACCGGGUGGUGGACACACGGUCAGAGUGGCGUACCUUUUCCAAUGACGAUCAGGGCAACGACGACCCAAGUCGUGUGGGUGAUGCCGGCAACCCAUUACUUGAUGAUAACCAGCUUGAUACAUUAAUUGCAUCCGGUGCUCCUGGAUCAACUUUAGGUCGCGACUUGAGCCGGACACAAAACCGCUCAGCGCACGACCGUAAAGAUACGGCCUUACAGGAUGCCUUUUCACGCAUCUCGCAAAUGUGCGAGGCUUACUCGCUCCCUAAAAUGGUCCAGGACGCUGCAAAGCAAGCAUUCAAGCUAUCGUACGAGGACAAGAAGCUCAAGGGUAAAUCCACAGAGAGCUUGAUGGCGGCAGCCAUUUUCCUUGCAUGCAGACACUCGGGAGUUGCUCGUACAUUCCGUGAAAUGUGCGCGCUAACCUCAGUGCCCAAGAAGGAGAUUGGCCGCACGUUUAAAAUCAUGGAGAAACUCCUACUGGAACUGGGCAUCAAACCGUCCCACAUGUCCUCGGAGGAGUACCAGCCUCUGCAAACAACUGCCGAAGACCUUAUGCGUCGCUUUUGCUCGCACUUGGGACUUUCGUCGCAAAUCACGCGCGCCGCAGAACACAUUGCUCGCCGCACAAAGGAAGAGGGCACGCUGGCCGGCCGCUCACCAACUUCCAUUGCGGCUGCAGCCAUUUAUUUCGCAUCCGGCUUGUUUGGCAACCCUCAGACUGCUUCCAAGAUUGCUGAUAGAGCAGGCGUCUCGGAGGGUACCAUCAAGACCUCGUAUAAGCUACUAUGGGAGGCUCGCGAUAAGCUCGUCGACCCAGAGUGGAUCAAAUCUGGCAAAGCCAAGAUGGAAGAUGCGCCCAAGGUGUAG